AUCACAACUAAAAAACUACCUAACUUCCUUCUCUCCCUUCUCUCCCUUCUCUCCCUUCUUCCAUAAAUCUAUACACUUCACCUAUACAAACAUAUAAUCCAUAUCACUACAUAUAUAUAUAUAUAUAUAGAUGUCGGAGAGAAGUCUACGGCGGAGAAUUUCGGUGUCGAACAGGAGAGCCACCAGACUGCAGCACCACCCAUCGCCGCCGCCUCACCGUCGGACUCUGGCGGCGCAUCGACGGUCAUCAAAUCCUUCGAGCCCCACCACCACCGAUAUUCUACAGAGAUACGAAUCGGAACCGACUCUGUGGACGGUCGGUUUCGCCGGCGCCGUCUCGUACGGCGACGAUUCGGAAUCUGACGACGCCGGAGUCAGACGCCGUGUUUUUCCGUCUCCGGACGUGCACGGACAUCUUCUCUUCUACCGAGUUGCUGUUGCCUCCGAGAUCUCCUCGAAAUUUGGAGGUACCAGGAGUGCAGGGUACAGCAAGGAUGCCAAGGUGGUGGUUAAUGUGACCGUUGAAGGAAGUCCUGGUCCGAUCCGGACUCUGGUCAAAUUGGGAGCAAAUGUGGAAGAUACCAUAAAGCUUGUAAUUAACAAGUAUAGCGAAGAAGGUCGGCGUCCUCACCUUGAUCAAGAUGCUGUUUCAACCUUCGAAUUACACCACUCCUACUUCAGUCUUGCAAGUUUGAAUAAAUGGGAUGUGAUCGGAGAUGUUGGUAGCAGAAGCUUUUAUCUUCGAAGGGGAAACAGUGAUCGUAGUAGUAGUAGCGGAAAAGAGAUGAUAUCUGCAUCUUUCCCUUCAGAAAUUGUUUCAGUUACAAGAGGAAGCACUUCUCUUCCACACACUCCAUCUUCUUUCUUCUUUCUCCCACCAUUCAUCGCCCGGAAGAUCAACAAAAUUAUACGAAGAACACGUAAACUAUGGAAGAUUUUGGGCUGCUUGCACUGUAGUUGAUGACCAUACUCUUCUUGGAGUAACAGUCUAUUACAUUAUGUUACUCUUUAUCAACCAACUUUUUUUUUGGUUGUAUAAUCUCUGUAUAAAAAGCUUUCUUUGGUACUGAUAUUGCUUGUAAGUUACAAGUUACACCGUUCUUGUCACCAAAUAUGAAAGAAAAGUUAUAUUCGUACAUAAUUUUUGUAUCGAAAACUUUUUCACAAUGAUAUGAUAAUGCAUUUUUGUAAUUAAAAUA